CUAAACGCGGGACUGCCGCUAUAAACAAUUGUUUUAGUCAAUCAGUUAUGUUCAACUCUCGACUGAAUUCAUAAGUUCUUAAUACGAAGCGAAGAAAGCAAAUCAUCGGUAGCUCUAGAUGAGUGGGUUAGCAAUGAAAUUAAUAUUUAGCCCAUGGAUGCUUUGUGCAAUGACUAUUACGGUUGUAAGUGCUAAUGAAUGUGCUCUUAACAGUGAAUGUAGACCUAUAGCCGAUUGUCCCCUUAUCCGAGAUAGUUUCAAUUUGAUCAAAAGGAAACCCUACUGCAAUUUGGAUCGUCCCGGUGCACACGUAUGCUGUAGAAGAUCAUCACAAAAUUAUACGCAACCGAAAUAUGUUGAUUUCCGUGUUAUACGAGCCUAUCGCGUUUUUCGUAGAGUGCAGAUCCUACGACAGUGUGCCAAGUCUUCAAAAUGCACUAGGCGAAGAGUGUCGUUAUACGUCUAACAUAGUUGGCCGCGUAAAAGUUGAAUCUAAAGAGUUUCCUUUUAUGGCAUUAUUGUACCGCAAAGAUGGGGAGAGAGAGAAUUUUACUCGGCUGUGUAGCGGUACUUUGAUUAGCAAAAAAUAUAUUUUAACAUCCGCCCACUGUUUCUCUCGCUACGAUUCUCACCCUAAUUGGGCGCGUUUAGGAGAUUUGGAUUAUAAUACAAAUAGAGACGAUGCUUUACCGCAGAAUAUUGAAAUCAAGCAUUAUACACUUCACCGUGAAUAUUACAAGGCUAAACUAGCUAGAUACAAUGAUAUAGCUUUGGCUGAACUGGCGCAAGAAGCCAUCUUUAACGAUUACGUACGUCCUGCUUGCCUGUCUCUAAUGUUAGAUGCUAAUGAUUUUCAAGAAUUUCUGAUUGCUGGCUGGGGCUGGAGUUCUCCUGAGUCGGAACCUUCAUCCCAUUUACAUAAGAUGAAAUUCGAUCGUCUCGAUGAUGAGAAAUGUUUUGAAAUAUACCGGUACCGUUUGGAAAAAGGUAUUAACAAUCGUACACAUACGUGCGCGAUCCCUUCUACAGGUGAUGUCGGUAUAUGUAACGGUGAUGGUCCACUUUUUGUUACCCAUCCAGAGUUUCCCUGUCAAUUUCUUGUAGUAGGUUAUUUUUCGUUCCGUCACGAUGUUUGCGGAUCUAAAGAUGAUCCAGAUGUUUACACCAGAAUCAGAUUAUACACCGAUUGGAUACAAAGUAUCGUUUGGAAUUAAAUUUAAAAAAAGAAAAAAGUUUUUUAGAAAAUU